AUGCUCUCACGUGUUGCUGCAGUGAAGGCACCCCGCACGCACAACCGUUGCGGCGUGACCGGAUCCAGCGGAAGGAGGAGGGAAGGAAGAGAGAGUGAGCAGCGGAGGCCCAACAUGCCCCGGCGUGUGUUUAAUUCCACGGUGCUGCUCCUCCUCGUCGUGAUGAUGUGCUGCGGCUCCUGUGAUGCUGCAGAUGUUGUGGGGAGUAAUUCGAGGAAUGCGCAAUUGCCUCAUACGGUCGAUCUAUUUUUGCCGAAUAAGACGCAGGUGGUUGCAAAAAAUGGGUCUGCAUGUGGAGUGAAAUUUGCGUUCGUCUCACCGUCUCUUGUGAGUGCUGGUGGACUGAUGAUUUCCGUUGCCGAGGGUCGCGCCAAGUAUAAUGACCCCCACAAAUCGGGCUGGCUUGAUUCUUCUGAUAUUGUGGCGGGGUACAUUGACGCUGCGGGGACGUGGCCGUCCAUUGUCGCUGAGACCACUAAGACGGAAUGGAGGGCACACACACAACGACACCCACACGAUAUAUACAUUGGUAUGGUUGGCUGCUCCUCUCGCACUCUGUGCUGGCGGUUGCGUGUGGCUGCUGAUCCCCGUUGUGUUUUUGAUGGAGGAGGCGCGUGA